AGAGGCUGGAGGGCAGGCAGGGCUACGUAACUUUGGAACCCCUCCCCUACAUCUGCCCAUGAUCCAAGGAAGAAAAGCUCAAAACUCCCUAGACCUGCUGAAUAUAUUAUGUCAACUGCCAAUUACACCAAAAUCAACUCUGCAGUGUUCCUUCUCACCGGGAUACCUGGGCUGGAAGACAUCCAUCUCUGGAUCUCUAUCCCCUUCUGUUUCAUGUAUGUUAUUUCAAUAGUAGGCAAUUCAGUCAUUCUGUUCAUUAUAAAAACAGAUCAAAACCUCCAUGAGCCCAUGUACAUUUUCCUUUCAAUGUUGGCCGUCACAGAUUUUGGCUUAUCGAUAUCCACCAUGCCGACGAUACUGGGCAUAUACUUGUUUAACUGUAGGGAGAUCAGCCUCAAUGCCUGUUUUGCCCAGCUGUUCUUCAUCCACUCAUUUCAAUGCAUUGAAUCCUCCGUACUCUUGUUAAUGGCCUUUGACCGCUUCAUCGCAAUCUGUAACCCACUGAGAUAUGCUUCCAUCUUAACCCUGCUGAGAAUAGCAGAGAUGGGACUGGCCUUUCUGCUAAGAGGGGUGGCCAUAAUAAUCCCACUCCCCUUUCUCCUGAAAUGGUUCCAAUACUGUAAAGCCAAUGUCCUCUCCCAUUCCUACUGUCUGCACGAGGAGGUCAUGACGAUGGCCUGUUCGGAUAUCAGAGUCAAUAGCAUCUAUGGCUUGUUUACUAAUCUUUUAACAAUGGGGUUGGACUCGUUGCUCAUCUUUCUCUCUUAUGUGAUGAUUCUCAAAACAGUGCUGAGCAUUGCGUCUCAUGCGGAGUGUCUCAGGGCCCUCAACACCUGCAUCUCCCACAUCUGCGCCGUCCUGCUCUUCUACACACCAGCGAUUGGCUUGUCUGUGAUACACAGAUUUGGGAAGGGCUCUUUUCCGUUACUUCAGAUUCUGCUGGGCUACAUCUCCCUGCUGGCCCCACCCCUAAUAAAUCCAAUCGUGUACAGUGUGAAAAGCAAACACCUUCGUGUGAGGAUAAUCAGGGUGUUCGUCAAGUGAAGAGUCAGUUCCAUCAACUGGCUCCAACGUUGGUGCCACCAGAAAUGAAAAACAUGGGCCACCUGUUCCAUCCUCGACACUUACAUUCAAGACAACAUGAGCUACUGAUCUCCACUCUGUAGAGAAAGAGCAUCUCAGGCCUGGAGCAACGGGAGAGGGGCUGAUGAAAGAGGACAGCGCACUGAGGGAAGGAGACCAAGUCAGGCAGCUGCAUUUACAGAGUGACUGUGUUCAUUGA